AACAAGAAAACCCCACCGCUCGUGGCCGCCGCCGGCUCACCGGAGACAGCAUCCAAAUCCAUGGCCUCCCGCCAGGCGCUCCACAUCUUCACGCCCUCCCGGCGGGCGAUGCACAUCCUCACGCCCUCCCGCGGCAUCGCCUCGACCCCGCACCUCUCGUCCUUCGGCUGGUUCGACAAGAUCAAGUCCACCAUCACUGGCAAGAAGCCCGAGGAGGGCUCCGAGGCAUCCUCCUUCACCCUCAUCCAGUUCGCGGACACGAUGGAGAAGGCGAGGAAGCUGGGGACGUUCAAGAACUUCGUCGCCGGGCGGGCCAGCGAGGCCACCGUCGUCAACGCCUUCGAGAAGCACUCCGCUGUGCUGCGCUACCUCGGCGCCAUCGACCCCACCGGCGAGAAACUCCGAAACACUGACAAGAUUAACGCGACCAAGCACUGUAACUGCACGAUUGCUGAGGUGGAGCACAUUCUGGCCAAGUACACAUGGGCUAAAGAGGCUCAGAAGAAGAUUGAAAAGCUCAAGGAAGAAGGAAAGCCAUUACCGAAGUCAUUUAAUGAGGUCCAAAGUCUAAUGGGUUCUACACCAGUGGAUGUUGGCAGAACUAAUCUGGCAAAAAGUGGUCAGAUAAGUAGGAACGCCCUCUGCCCAUGUGGUUCUAAGAAACGAUAUAAAAGGUGCUGUGGAGCUUCAUGAGGUGAACAAGUCUCGUUCACAAGCACAUGCAGGACAGGUGCAGCAUUUUAAAGCUCUUUUUGGCAAACUCUACCAAGCUCUUUCGUGGAGAACACCUGAAUUUGAAGCUUGCAAUUUGUAAAGCACUAGAGCGAGCCCUGUGUUUCAGAAGAAGGCUUUUACUUAAAUUCUGUGAUUUCUUGAUUGGUGUUGUUGUUUGAUGUUGAUUCGGUUUGACCAUGUACACGAAUCUAGGUAAUAUAUCCCUAGCUCGUUUUCUGCAACAAGAUUUGUUUUAGAUUCAUAUUACCCAGCAUUUUAUGUUCUAUACUCUGGCAGCUUCAUUUUUUAUGGAUGUGUUUGAAUAAAGCCGAUGGAGGUCCUUUUCUCCACAUCUUA